UCCAUGACAGCCACGUUGCUAUGUUUAGAAAUUAAGGCAUCCGGACCACGCAGUAGGCAUGACAUUUAAUUUAAAGGGGAGCCCCAAAUUCCCAGAUCAUUCAAGAAUUUUCCAUACAAGACGUUCUUGAGCUUCCCGACACGCUCAUUGACUAUUGGCCCAAGAGAUGGAGACCAGGUCCAAGUACGGAAGACAGGUCUAUACACCUGCUGAACAUCGCUAGUCUGUUCAUAAUCUGGAGGACAGUGUUCAGUAUAAAACGCAGGAUAUAUGAAUGGACAAGACAUCAUGUUCAACAAAUGAACACAGCGACAAUCGCAUUACAAAAUGAAAUAAAAGACCUGAAGAGAAACAUAAAAGAUCUCAAACAGCAGUGUAAGGAGGACAAAAAAAGCCUGGCCUCCACCAAGCUGGAAAACAAGAAGCUUAAGGAAUCUUGUAAGUUCUAUAUGGCACACAGCGAGAGAAUGGAAAGGGAGAAUGGAGAAUUUAAGGCUAACCUGGAUCAGCAGAAAAAUAUAUUUGAGGCUGACAAAGGAAGCCUUGAAAAGACGCUGGAAAGUAUAACCAACCUGCUUCAGGAGAAGGAACAGACUCUACAGCAGAAACUGGCUGAGCAGGAACUACUUCACCGUGCGCGAGAGGCUCAGUUACUGUCAGAGGUCAAGGCCUGUGAAAUGAGCCUUACGGCAAUGACCACCAAACGGAAGGCAAAUGAGGAUUCCUACAAGACCCAGAUAAAAGAACUCGAAGAACAUUUUUCAGAUUUGGAAAUUUCUUCAAAAAAUGAAAACGAUAUACUAAAGGAAUCUUUGAAGGCUUAUAAGGGGAGUCAGAUACAGCAAGAUGAGAUAAAAUCCCUUAAAUGCCAAUUGGAGAGCAUGGCCGAAAAGAUACAAGAGUUGGAGAGCACUCUUAAAAAUGAACGGGCUCAAAACGAGGCCACAGCUCAGAACAAAGAGCAAUUAGAUGGAUACAGAGGCCACUUCCAAGAGGAAAGAGUGCGCCAGCUUAUUCUGAAAGAUGAGGUAACAUUUCAUCAGAAUAAAGCUUAUACGAAUAAGGUGGCUUACCAUCAUUCUAAAAGAGCACUGGACAGGGAGAGAAACAAGACAGCCGACCUGCACAGGAAGCUGGAGGAGCUGAACAAAACGCUUGCAGAAUACUCUGGGAAAUCUGAGAGUCCUCAGUCAGCUCAAGCAGGCCCUUGUGAAAAAGAUGUUUCUCCUCACCAUGGUCAUCCCUCAAACUCAGUGAGAUCGGCUGCGGGUCAGGACAGGAACAGGAGGCAGCGGGGUGAGGGACAGCCUGGUCUCAGAGGCCGCAAAGAACCCUGCUCCUCUCAAUCAAAAGGAAUUACCUAA